AUCGAAUCGAAGUCGGGUUUAGUCAAAGUUUAGUUGUCUUGUCACUUCGAUAUUCCUUUCGCUUUGACUUCGUUCAGUUUCUUCGUAUUGACGCAGUUACGAAUAGUAUACCUAUAUUUCCCUUAUUAAACUUACGUUUUGGAAAAGUAAUUUUUUUUUUCUAAAUGUGUGUCGGAACCGCAAGAGUGCCAAAUAGUGAAAACGAAAUUGGAUUUCCUUUGCAACUGAAAUAUGUACCGGCAAUCGAAGGUGCGUUUUCUACAAGAGGAAAUAUUGAAGAAAAUCAAAAUAUAGAGCAGCUAACUCAAACUCAUGAUGUUCUCGCUAUGAUGACAAGUUCGACCAAAGAUGUACUAUUUGGCUUAAGCGAUUAUUUUGGAAGUUUAAGCGAAACUACGACAUAUAAAAUAUUGCGCAAUACUACUCAGCCAGCCCAUCUCGUCACAUCCGUAGCGGUUCUUUGCAUAGCUUUCCUGUGCUUUCCAACUAAGUCAGCUGUAGCUACAUUAUCUCCUCUAUGGACCCUUUUGUAUUUGGGUUGUUUUAGUGUGCACUUCGGCGUCCAAGUCUGGAUGUUUAUAUUUCAGCUUGCCGAGGCACACUUUUAGCAGUGUGCAGCAAGUACUUUUCCCUAAGUACUUCUGCUUAAAUUCCUUCCUGAGCCUUAUCACCCUAGCUAUCUUCUUGAGAGUUAAGAAUGGUCAGCUUGGGACUGUGGAAAAUGGAGUUCAGGCGUUUGCAAUGUCGUUUUGCUUUUUUACUGAACUUGUCAUAUUUCUUUACUUGACUCCUCCCUCACUUGCUUUGAUUGCCAUUAAAACUGAAAUUGAAAAAGAAGCAGGAGUUGGGCUUGAAAUUGGAAAACUGGAACCCGGAAAACUUCUCAAAUGUCCACACUAUAUGAAAGUCCACAGAUCUUUCAGAAAGAUUCAUAUGUCGAUUGCAAUGGGCAAUGUUUUAACCAUGGCGUGUACAUCCUCACAUUUAUACUAUCUUUCCUGUAAACUAUGUGCCCUUAGCUUGUGAAAAUUAUUUAUUUAUGCUUAUUUAUUUAUUUUCAAAAAGACGCAUCCUGAAAUAUCAUAAUUUAGGAAGAAUAUUUAUUAACUAGGCUAAGUUUAUGUAGGUGUGUUUUUCAAAUUCAAAAUAAGUAUUAGGUAUUUGUGUUAUCUUUUUUGUACGACCAAUAUUCAUUUUUAUAUAAAAAGACAGACUAAUGAUUAGAAAUAUUUUUUGUAAUAACAUGAAAAAUAUACUUUAUUAUUAUUAUUUUAUUAAAAUACCUGAACUGAAUAGAAAAAAGCUUCAACAGAGUUAUCAUGUAAGUCGUAAGUAAAUGGUGUUAUUGAAAAAUUGAGAAUUUGUAGAAUCUUAAAGACUACCUAUACCUAGAAAACCAAAAUACAAUCUGAAUAAUAGCACAUACCUUCCUAUACUCUAAUAGCAAACGAGGAAAAAAUCCUUGUGGGCUCUUUGAGGAUAUUAUUAUUGUGAGA